AUGGCGUGCAGUAAAUAUCGUCGUUCAAGGCAUUUUGAACUAACACAAGAACAAAUUAAUGCAAUAUUGUUUGCGGAAAGCAGUGGCAGUGAAUGUGGUGAUUUAGAUGAUGAAGAUACCGAGUUUUUGGAAAGUGAUAUCGUUAAUUUAGGUAAUGGUGAUCAUGAAAAAAUUCUUGUCAUUAUUGAUGGUGCAAAAGUGAAAAAUACUACUGAAAAUGAAGAAGUGGAGGUAGUGCCAGAGACGGAAAAAGAUGUGGAAAGAGCAUCAAAGAGGAAAAGGAAUGCUACGUUUCAUAAACAAAGUUGCAAGAGAGGAAAAAAACAAAACAGAAGCUAUAAGAGAGGGAAGAAAGAAGAAAAGAAGGAGAUAUAUGCAUAUCUAGGAAUAUGUUAUGUUAUGGGAUAUCACGUCCUUCCUAAUUUAAGAGAUUAUUGGUCCACUGACGAAGAUUUGAGAGUUUCACUGAUUGCAAGAACAAUGACUUAUGAAAGAUUUACUGAAAUAAGAAGGUUUUUGCAUUUUAAUGAUAAUGAGAAGAAUACUCCCAAUAUAGAUGACGAAAAUCGUGACAGAGCAUUUAAAAUUCGCCCGUUGAUAGAGCAUUUCAAUAAAGCUUUUCAGGAGGCAGUUGAGCCGGAGGAAUGUAUGUCUAUUGACGAACAUAUGAUCGCCAAUAUGUAA